GUGCAUGUGAGUCACCUUGUCUUACCGACUUCCCCCAAUUCUUUAACAGUAAUCUAAUCUCCACCCACCGCCAUUAAAGUUUUUUUUUUCAGAAAGAGGAGACAUCCCCAAACUUUUACAAGUAGUAGAAAUGUUGUCUCUUUGCUUUGUGCAACUCAAACCCACAGUUUCUUCUUCUCCAUUUUCACUCUAUUACAACCCAAAAGUCCCCUUUAAAAUUAAACACCCAUGAAAAAUAAUCAGAUCAUGGGAAAAAGAAAUGGAGCUGGUUCAUUGUUGUCACCUCAAAACCUUCAAUGGGUUUGCGUAAUUGCUUCAGCAGUUUUAAUAAUUGCGAAUGGAACUUCAAUUCAUAAAUCAUUUCUUGUUCCUCUGUUUAUUUUACAAGCACCUGAAGAGAUUUUCACUUGGAUCAAGGGUGAAAAUGGUGUUUGGGCAGUUUUCUUGGCCCUUGCCUUUAAACUGUUCUACAUAUUUCCAAAAGAAUUGGAAUUACCCCUUUAUGCGAUGUUGUUCGUAAUUGCUUCUCCUCAACAAGUAGUUAAAUUGAGAGGAACCCAGACUGGUUCUAUAGUUUCUUUGUUGAUUGCAGGCUUUUUGGCGUUUAUCCAUUUCUCAGGGAUGGGGAUUGAAAUUUUAAAGAAAGGGUUUCAGCAAGGUUCUAUUCUUGCUACUGUUUGUAUUAUUUGUAUCAAUCUUGCUCCGUUGAUGAUUUUGAUUGGAUCGAAAUUAUGAAUGGGUGGAUGAAUCCAUGAUGAAACAGAUUUUAGGAAGAAAAUUGGGACUGUGUGUAAUCUUUUGUCUUUUUGAAUUUGUAAUACCGCGAACCAAGGAUAUACCGGUACAAAGUUCUAACUUUCAAAAUUUCUAAUGCAUAAUA